ACGGUGAGAAUUUAACAAUUGGGGCAGUCAGUGAUGCACAGUCGCGGUUACAGUCUGGAGCGCACACCGAGUUUCUCUGCAGCAUGACGGCCUGCGUCCCCAAAGAGGAAGGGCUGCUCUAAUUGGUUUGUCAAUGAAGGAUCAUCAAUAGUUCCCAACUUCCCUGGAGGUUCAGGGUCUCUGUAUGUGGACCAGUGCUGCUCGGAUUUAUCAACCGCCGGCUCGACUGUUUUAAACACCGAUUUAAAUCUCCUCCUCUCAGCACCUUCCGAAAUAAACACGUGGAUUACAAAGGGAUCCUUCUCCAUACGCACAGCGGAGCCUCGUUUAUCCAUUGUAAACAACGGAAUUCUGACCGUAAAUAUCGGAAUUGUGUUUUUCGAGGGGAAACAACUGUGAAGUCUCCGCAGAUUUCAUCAUGAGCGACCUGGAAGAGGACUUUGCCAAGAUUUUAAUGUUGAAGGAGGACAGGAUACGGGACUUGGAGAGGCGUCUGGCGGACAGGGAGGACGAGAUCCAAGAAUUGAAGAGGAAACUGCACAAAUGUCAGUCCGUAUUGCCCAGCGCUCAACUUAUAGGACCGAGGACCAGGACUCGGGCGCAAGGCAUCUCGGCGGAGCCUCAAAACUACCAAGACCUGUCGAGACAAGCCUUUCGGAAAUAUGUCAAAUCCGACUGGUCUAAGGACCUGAUCAAGGAAGCCAUAUUGGACAAUGACUUCAUGAAGAACCUGGAGCUGUCUCAGAUCCAGGAGAUUGUGGAUUGCAUGUACCCUGUGGAGUAUGGCAAAGACAGCUGUAUCAUCAAGGAAGGUGACGUGGGCUCACUGGUCUACGUCAUGGAAGAUGGUAGGGUGGAGGUGACAAAGGAGAGUGUGAAGCUGUGCACCAUGGGACCUGGGAAGGUGUUUGGGGAGCUGGCCAUCCUCUACAACUGUACCAGGACAGCAACUGUCAAGACUCUCACCAAUGUGAAGUUAUGGGCCAUCGACCGACAAUGCUUUCAGACUAUCAUGAUGAGGACGGGCCUGAUCAAACACACCGAAUACAUGGAGUUUUUAAAAAGUGUUCCAACGUUCCAUGAACUUCCGGAGGAGAUACUAAGCAAGCUGGCUGAUGUCCUUGAGGAGACACACUAUGAGGAUGGAGAGUACAUCGUCAGACAGGGAGCCACGGGAGACACCUUCUUCAUUGUCAGUAAGGGAAUGGUGAAUGUGACCAGGGAAGACAAGCCCAGCGGGGAUCCUGUCUACCUCCGCAGCAUGGAGAAAGGAGACUGGUUCGGAGAGAAGGCCCUGCAUGGGGAGGACAUCAGGACAGCAAACAUCAUCGCUGCAGAGGCCGUUACAUGUCUGGUCAUCGACAGAGACUCCUUCAAGCACCUGAUUGGAGGGUUGGAGGAGGUGUCCAGUAAAGGCUGUGAGGAUGCUGAGGCCAAGGCUAGGUACGAAGCAGAGAACGCUUUCUUCUCCAACCUCAAUCUGCCUGACUUCAACAUCAUUGACACACUGGGGGUUGGUGGCUUCGGCCGCGUAGAGCUGGUCCAGCUGAAGAGUGAUGAGUUGAAGACCUUUGCCAUGAAGAUCCUGAAGAAGCGUCACAUCGUGGACACGCGGCAGCAGGAGCAUAUCCGCUCUGAGAAACUCAUUAUGCAGGAGGCCCAUUCUGACUUCAUUGUCAGACUGUACAGGACAUUUAAGGACAGUAAGUAUCUCUACAUGCUGAUGGAGGCUUGUCUGGGAGGAGAGCUGUGGACCAUUCUUAGAGACCGGGGUUCGUUUGAGGACUCCACCACCAGGUUCUACACAGCUUGUGUGGUGGAAGCAUUUGCCUACCUGCAUUCCAAAGGCAUCAUCUACAGAGACCUCAAACCAGAGAACCUUAUACUGGACCACAGGGGCUACGCCAAGCUAGUGGACUUUGGCUUUGCCAAGAAGAUCGGGUUUGGGAAGAAAACGUGGACGUUCUGUGGAACACCAGAAUACGUGGCACCAGAGAUCAUUCUGAACAAAGGCCAUGACAUCUCAGCUGACUACUGGUCUCUAGGAAUCCUCAUGUUUGAGCUCCUCACCGGCAGCCCUCCCUUCUCUGGCCCUGAUCCCAUGAAGACCUAUAACAUCAUCCUGAGGGGCAUUGACAUGAUUGAGUUUCCAAAGAAGAUUACCAAAAACGCUGCCAACUUAAUAAAAAAACUAUGCAGGGACAAUCCUUCAGAAAGACUGGGAAACUUGAAAAACGGUGUUAAAGACAUCCAAAAACACAAAUGGUUCGAGGGCUUUAACGGGGAAGGUCUACGGAAGGGAACUCUGACACCCCCUAUCAUCCCUAAUGUGACAUCAUCGACGGACACGAGUAACUUUGACAACUUCCCAGAGGACAAUGAAGACCCGCCCCCAGAUGACAACUCUGGCUGGGACAACGAUUUUUAAACGUCACCCCCCCCACCCCCAAUACCAAAUAUUCUUCUGUUAUUGGCCUGGGGGCCUACUUCCUGAUGUAGUUGCAUUCUAAAGACUGCGAUAAAGAGGAAGAGGAGAGGGGGAAGAGAGGAAGAGGACCACAACCGCUGUGGGUCACCGAUAUGCCUUCGCUAUACGUGGCUCUGGGACUAGAAUUUAAUGACUUUAGCAUUUCCUCAGUGUUCUCACACACACACACACACACACACACACACACACACACACACACACACACACACACACACACACACACA